CAUUAUAUUUCAUAUUCCAAAAUAAAUGUCAGUGUGAAAAGAAUUGAAAAGUAAAAUAUUGUUUGACAGGUUUUUCUUGCUUUCGUUUGGUGCUGCUCUGACCAAAGGACACCGGACCAAUGAUAUUCGUCAGUGCAGAAAAGUUCGGGUGAGGGGGGAGUGGAGAGGUGUCAGGUGAGUGACCAUGGCGCAGCACUAUGAUGGUCUGUCCCACUGUAAGCUGGCCCUGGCGUUUGCCAUAUUGAUGGACCUGCUAGGUGUGUCUGCUCUGCUGGUCGGGGUCUUYGYCCCAUUAGAGAUUAAGGGACAGGACUUUGGGGACCUGCUGGUGUACUCUGGGGCUCUACUGAUGCUCAUGUCCCUGGGAGGAUGGGUCAUGUGGUACAGCGGGAACCUYGAGGGCCUGACCUCCARGAAGGAGCUAKGGGGAACCAUGGGUGCCAUGGACCGGCUGGCCCGCUCCCUCAGCCGCAGGAUACGACUCCCCAGGAGCCACAGCAGCCCCUCAUGAUGCUUCAUGGUCAGGCGUAGGAGAAGGGCGUGGUUGUAGGGGAGGAUCCUCAGUGUCUCCAUUAGACUAUUGGCCCCUGACAGUCAAACUGCCUGGGGGUUUGGGAGCGGUAUUGUUGGCAUUGAGGGAGUGCUAUUAAAUGAACCAGGCUAUGGCCUGUGAUGUGAACGGGCAAAAGCGGGGUUGGGAGGAGCGCCCUUCUCAAAUCAAACAGUAAUCUGCGCCGCUCGGUCAUGUUGUCAUCAAGGCAGCAUAUGUUCACAUUU